AUGUAUAUGGCAUACGGAUGGCCUCAAGUGAUCCCGUUGGAAUCAGGAGGAUUAAUCCCCAGCUCUUCUACUUCCCAAGACAAUAUUGUUUACCUCAAUGUACUCAAUCGAUUGUUGCUUGUUGUCUCUCGCUCUCACAUCGAGCUCUGGUCUUCCUCUCAGCAUAGAGUGAGACUGGGAAAGUACAAGAGAAGUGAGGAAUCAGUUCGGAAAGAAGGGGAGAAUAUUCGGGCCGUCUGGAGCCCGGAUACUAAACUGAUCGCUGUUAUUACAUCUUCCUUCUAUCUUCAAAUUUUCAAAGUCCACUUCACAGAAAAGAAAAUACAAAUCGGAGGAAAGCAUCCGAGUGGUUUAUUUCUUGCUACCAUUUCGUUACUUUUGAAUGAGGAGGUUCCUUUUACAGGCAACAACUUAACAUUGAGCAACAUUAUUUGUGAUACCAGACAUAUGCUCGUUGGCCUUUCUGAUGGAUCCUUGUAUAAUAUAUCGUGGAAGGGUGAGUUUUGUGGUUCUGUUGAUAUCAACAUUGGAAUGGACAAUGGCAAUGCAUCAAAUGCACCGUCUCAUUCUCUAGAAAAUGGUCUUCCUUCUAACGGGACACAAGGUGUAUCUAUGCCCAAUCAUUAUUUGCAGAAAAAGCCUGCUAUAAUUCACAUGGAGUUUUCCUUGACACUGAGACUACUAUUUCUAGUUCUUUCGGAUGGUCGACUUUUAUUAUGUUCUGUGAGCAAGAGAGGGUUAAAGCAGGCUGAGUUCAUUAAAGUUGAAAAGUAUUUGGGUUCUGGUGAUGCUGUAUGUGCUUCAGUUGCUUCCGAGCAACAAAUUCUUGCAGUGGGUACAAAAAGGGGUGUCGUUGAGCUGUACGACCUAUCAGAUGCUGCUUCCCUUAUUCGCUCCGUGUCUUUGUAUGACUGGGGAUAUUCUGCGGAUGACACUGGAGCUGUCAGUUGCAUUGCCUGGACCCCUGAUAAUUCUGCUUUUGCUGUUGGGUGGAAAUUAAGGGGCCUUACAGUUUGGUCUGUUUCUGGCUGUCGUUUGAUGUCUACAAUUCGUCAAAUCGGUUUAACAUCAGUGUCUUCUCCUGUUAAGCCAAAACAAGACCAGAAAUAUGAGCCUAUGAUCGGUGGCACUUCUCGUAUGCACUGGGAUGAAUAUGGGUAUAGACUUUAUGCAGUAGAAGGAAGAUCAUCAGAAAGAAUUAUUGCAUUUCCAUUUGGCAAAUGUUGUCUUAACAGAGGAGUCUCUGGUACAACCCAUGUUCGCCAAGUUAUUUAUGGUGAAGAUCGGUUGCUUAUUGUGCAGUCUGAAGAUACCGAUGAACUCAAAAUCCUUCAUCUGAAUCUUCCAGUUAUGUUUCUAACUAAUUCUGCCUUUGUACUUUGUUUCUUUUAG